AGCGGUAAUUUGCAGUGCACCCCUUCCUUGUCUAGGGUUUAACGAUCAAUACACACAUACUGUUGUGCUAGCGCCUCUCUCUCUCUCUCACUCACACACACACAUCGCAUGUGAAUGAUGGAGGAACCUCCAAUUUCAGUUUCAGAAACAGCAUCACCAUCAUCAUCAUGCUGGAGCAACGUCGUGAAGAAGCAACCACCUCCUCAAGAGCCCCUUCACGCCGACCGAGUCUUGGAGGAGACCUGCAAAUCCACCAAUUCUAUCUCACUCGCCGUCGUCGAUGCCAACGCCGUCAUUGAAUCCGGCGAAAAGCUUCACGGCCUCGCUGACAAGUUCGUCUCCGUCCAUGAAGUCAUGGAAGAAAUCCGCGACCCUGUUUCGCGCCACAAACUCUCCUUCCUUCCAUUCUCUAUACAAACCAUGGAACCCUCUCCUGAAUCCAUCAACAAAGUUAUCAAAUUUGCUAGGGCUACUGGUGACCUACAAACUCUUUCUGAUGUUGAUAUCAAGCUCAUUGCUUUGACUUAUACAUUGGAGGCUCAGAUUCAUGGAACGAAACAUCUCAGGGACACCCCACCUCCUGUGCAAAUGCUAAAUGUGAAGAGGUUGCCUGAGAAGGACAUGCCAGGAUGGGGUAACAAUGUGCCUAAUUUGCAGGAGUGGGAAGCGUUAGAACACGAAAUUGAGGGGAAUUCCAAUUCCAGGAUUCUUCCUCUGCAGGACUUGAACUUGAACAUUGUUUCUCAAGAUGACAAUUCCGUUGAUGGUUCUGUGGAGCGGGAGAGUGAAACUCCUUUGGGAAUUCAAGAGGGUGGUGAGCGUGGUUCGACGAAGCCUAGGAGAUAUCUGCCUAAGAAAAAGGAGAUAAACAUUGAAGGGAAGACGAUGGUGGCUGAUGGAAUUGAUGCAUCUCAAGGACAGGUUGAUGACGCUGCUGGUGAUUGGAUGCCUGCUGUUAGUCGAAGUACUCAUAGGAGGUAUCUAAGAAGGAAAGCUAGACGUGAGUACUAUGAGUCAUUAUCUAGUAAUCAAGAUCAGCAGGAUUUGGGAGAAAACAUUGAUGAUAGUGUUGGUGAAGAUGCUAGAGCUUCAGAUGAGCUUGUUCAUCAAAGGGAUGAAGGAAAGGAUGUUGAAAAUAUUGUUUUAGAGGAUGAUCAGAUGACAGAAGGGAACAAAGAUAAUGAAUGUCUCUCUGCAGUUUUGAAGCAAAUGAGGCUGGAAGAAGGUUCACCUGAGGUUCUAGACGAAGAACAGAGACUAAGUUUGUCUCCUGAAGAACUCCAGGCAAACAAUGCUAGUUUGCUGGAAACUGCAUCUGAUUGCAAUGCAACUAUGGCCACUAAGCCAUGUGAUGAAGAUACAGUCAAUAACCAAUUGAAUCACUCGGAGAUUGCAAGCCAGGCUAGUGAACCUACUGAUUUUUCGUACGCAGACGAGGAUGGCAGUGAGCAAAGUUGGAUGCUUAGAUCUUUGUCUGAAUCAAGUGUAGCCUGUGUAACGGGUGACUUUGCAAUGCAAAAUGUUCUCCUCCAAAUGGGUUUGCGCUUGCUGGCACCUGGAGGAACGCAAAUACACCAACUGCACAGAUGGAUACUCAAGUGUCAUGCCUGUUAUACUGUUACUGCUGAAAUUGGGAGGAUUUUCUGCCCUAAAUGUGGAAAUGGUGGCACCUUAAGGAAGGUCGCCGUCACUGUUAAUGAAAAUGGUAUAGUAUUAGCAGCCCGUCGACCACGAGUUACAUUACGUGGCACAAAGUUUUCAUUGCCUUUACCCCAAAGUGGAAGGGAUGCAGUCACAAAGAACCUCAUUCUCCGUGAAGAUCAACUUCCUCAAAGGGUACUUUACCCUAAAACAAAGAAGAAAUCCAACAAGCAGGAUGAUGACUUCUUUACACCAGAUCAUGUAUUUUGCCACCACACAGAUAAGAAAGCUCCUUUCCAGCCUCCUAUAAGGAAAGCAUUGGCGGUGUUCAGUGGGAAGAGAAAUCCAAAUGACAAUCACUUCUCACGCUCAAAGCAUAAGUAGUGGAUCUCCAAAAGUUUGAUUGGCUUUUAUUUCCCCACAAUUUUGUUUUUAUUGCUUGACUUUGAAAGUUACCAGGAAAUUUUGCUUAAGUUGUAAAAAACUUGAUUAAAAGCGUGUCUUAUUGUCUCUAGAUAUCUGACUAUCCCGAUUAGUUUAUGUGAUAUAUGGAAGAGUGGAUGAUUUAAUUUCAUGAGAAUGGAACGCUCAAAAGUAACUUUUGGAUAUCAUUUGCCAAGUAGUGCUAUAUGAAGGCAGCAUUAAUUUU